CCUUCAUUCCAGAGUUUGACGGCACCCACACUUGGGAUGUCGCCACCAACAUCCUCACCUCUGAUCACGGCCACGCCUUCAAUUUCGAAGUCGAGUUCUUCGCCGUUCAUUUUCUCAAAUGAACUACCUCUUCCAUGAUCAUUCAUUCAAACUGGUUUCAUUACGCCGUCGUUUCGCUAUCUCCCCUUCUCCUUCAAUCACGCAUCAAAUUCUCAUUCAAUCUUCAACAAACCCUAAUCCCAAUCUUCAAUUUCUUCAAUCCCCCCACACUUAAUUCUCAUUCAAUCGAUAUACAUUUCUCAUUUCGGGAUUCUAGGGUUUGUGAAAAUGAACUCGGGUGACCUACACAAAGUUUGGGAAAUCAGAGCUCUGAAGAGGAUGCCAGAGACAGAAAAAGCUCACAAGAUGCUGGAGAAAAUUGCCAAACAGGUUCAACCUAUUAUGCAUAAACAUAAAUGGAGGGUUAAGCUUCUCUCUGAAAUGAACCCUACCAAUCCAGCUCUUCUGGGAUUGAAUGUCGGUGCAGGUAUACACGUAAAGUUGCGGCUACGGAGGCCAAACAGGGAGUCAGACUUUUACCCAUUUGAUCAAGUUUUAGAUACGAUGCUUCACGAGCUUUGUCAUAAUGCACAUGGUCCUCAUAAUGCCAGCUUCUACAAGCUCUGGGAUGAACUUAGAAAGGAAUGUGAAGAGUUGAUGGCUAAGGGGAUAACUGGCUCUGGAGAGGGUUUUGAUCUCCCAGGAAAGCGCUUGGGUGGUAAUUCUCGUCAACCUCCACUCUUGUCUCUACGUAAAACUGCACUUGCAGCUGCUGAAAAGAGAUCACAGUUGGGAACUCUUCUUCCAUCUGGACCAAAUCGUAUUGGAGGUGAUAGUGUUAUAAUGAAAGCACUUACUCCAGUACAAGCUGCUGCGAUGGCUGCAGAAAGGAGAUUACAGGAUGACUUAUGGUGUGGUUCUCAAUCUUGUGAUAAUUCAGAUCAUGAAGAUGUUAACCGUGAAUCUGCUGAAAACCUUGUAAAUAAGCAGAUAAUUGUGGGAACCUCGAGACUAACACACAAUUCUACUCUACCUUUGGAUCCGACAUCUCGAAAAAGAAGCCGUGACAAGGAUUCAAGUUUACCAGCUCAUUCAUCUAGUAACUCUAAUUUUGUUGAUUUGACAAUGGAUACACCCAAAAAGGGAUGUGUCAAUGGACAUCAGACAGGGUCUCAACAAAGAAGUUCUGGAUUAGAAAACAUUUUACAUUCACAAGCAGGAUCGACUUCUAGAAAUUUACCUAGUUCAUCUGGCUCACUAUCUGGUGAUAGUAGACCACUUCAUUCUGAAGAAACUGCAAUGUGGCAAUGUCUGAUGUGCACUCUAUUAAAUAAAUCAUUAGCCCCCAUCUGUGAAUUGUGUGGCACACAACAGCCAAAAGAUGUUACCACCAAGCACAACACUUGGUCUUGUAAAUUCUGUACGCUGGAAAACAGUGCAAAGUUGGAGAGAUGCUCAGCCUGUGACGAGUGGAGAUACUCUAAUGGCCCCAACCUUGGCCCUUGACAGAACCAAGUGAUUUGCUUCAUUGGUAAAUAUAGUUCAAUUUUGGCUUUGGUCUACACAAGUUGUGUGUCAUACCCCAAUUUUUGACCUAAGGCCCCACUGACACAUGUCACUUGACUCUGAUCGAUCUCUGAUUUUUCAGUGAAAAAUUCGGCAGGGAGGUAUUUUAAAAUACCUCAUUUUUUUAUUCC